AUGGUGAGUGUGAUAGUGAGGUUGGCGAGUGAGAUGGUUGGUGAGAUGGUUGGUGAGAUGGUUGGUGGGAUGGUUGGUGGGAUGGUUGGUGGGAUUGUUGGUGAGAUGGUUGGUGAGAUGGUUGGUGAGAUGGUUAGUGGGAUUGUUGGUGAGAUGUAUCGUCGCUUUUUCUACAUACUCAAUCGUUCUGCUACACAACUCUUGUCGAGACAACUACUUACAUUACCGCUAAAUAUUUUACCAUCCAUACUUAGGACAGACCAAAACACAUCUACACAAAUACCCAUCACAUUUAAUACCUCUCGUCGAACAUCAAUGUCAUUAUCAUCCAUACUCAACACUGAAGCAUCGACAGGCGCAUCCAAAGACACUUAUGAUAACACUUGGCCCGACCAAUCUGUGAUGACACCGCCACAGACCCCGGGGCUCAAAUCCCCAACAAGCUUUGGGUUUCCAUCGAAUGCGGACGAUGCGGAGGGAGCAGGCCAAAAGGAUUCUAGAGGCCACAUGAGACGGAGAUCAUUGCCCCAGCCACAGCGUCGACAACAUACUAUACAAUUUCAACAAAAAGUAAGAAGGAAGAGGACUACGCCUGAGCAGCUGGAGGAUCUGCUGGCAAUGUUUCAGCAGACUGAUACGCCUAAUUAUGAAAUUAGAGAGAGUCUGGCCAAGAAACUGGGAAUGACCAACAGAGAAGUUCAGGUAUGGUUCCAAAACCGCCGCGCAAAGACGAAUCGUGCGAAAGCAAGCGAUAACUCUAGCCCGUACCAACACCACCGCUUUCUGCACCAUCACGCGAUUUCUCCGUCUCAAGCUGGAAGUAGCGGACACGCGUCUUCCCCUUCGACACAUCAUGGAGGAUACACGUUCGUACCAAUGUUCACCAACGGUUCUCCUUCGUCCUCGUCCGCCAAAGGCCGAAGCGCGAGGAGACAUUCGUAUCAACACCCGGGAACUGCAGUUGCAAAGAGAGUUGGAAACAGACCGAGAGCAACAACGGUUAGUGGUGUUACGCCAGUCGUCGAAAAUGGAAUAGGAAUUAAUAGUGUCGAGAAUGGAAAGGUUGCUAUAAUGCCUCCACCGCCAAUCAAGAUCCUCCCGCUCACCGCAGCCAACUCACAACCGACUUCUCCAUCCCUUGCGCUCGCUUCUCUAUUUGCCCAGCCGUCCCCGCAAUCACAUCCCACGACUCCACGUCAUCUUCAUCCGUCAAUGAAUACCUCUUACUCGUCAAAUCCGAGUAGCGGCCAGGGUAAUUCGGGUGUCGUUUUGCCUUCGUUCAAAGAUAUUGCUAAUGCAUAUCGUGAGACCACUGAAGGAGAUGGACCGAAAACAGAGACCAUGGAGUUGGAGGGAUACGAGGAUGACUUGUCUAAUGCAAGAGACGGUAUUGAUGUGCUAGCUACGGCCGCAAAAUAUUUGUUGGAUCGCGAAGAGCUAAAAGGAAAACGACAAAAACUUGCUCAGGAUAAUAGUAACAAAGAUGGUGGCGACGGCGAUAGCCGUGAGGCGUCUGAGCGACUUUGUGAUAAUGGGAGUGGUAAUAGCAGUGGUAAUGAAGUAAUAGGAGGCGGUGGACGUGCGGAAGAAAAUGCAGGGUCAGAAGAGGAAAUGCACGAUCGUGCAGAGAACUAUGGUCACGAUUGUCAAAGCGAAAAGUCGGACGCAGUUGGCCACCCAGACGGUAAACGUCCGUCUAGACCUUGGUUGUUGUGA